AUGGCACGAAAACGAAAGAACAGAACGCAUCUGAAAGGCGGCGCAGCACAAGAACCGACAAAAAAUGGCGUACCAAAGUCUUUUAUCAUCAAGCAUGGUCAAGUUGGAUCGUCUGUAUCGCAGCUUGUACGCGACAUGCGAAAAGUGCUCGAACCCAAUACUGCCAGUCGAUUAAAGGAACGAACUAGAAAUAAACUAAAGGAUUAUCUUGUCCUUGCACCCACACUUCAAGUUACCCAUUUGCUUGCAUUCACCCUUACGCCCAUAGCUCCCUCUCUCCGUAUCGUCCGCUUGUCAGAUGGACCAACACUCAGUUUUAGGAUUGAAAGGUACAGCCUUAUCAAGGAUAUCCUCAACACGUCGCGCAGAGCCCGAAGUGUAGGAAUGGAGUACCUCAGUCCUCCUUUGCUUGUCCUUGCCUCGUUUCCUCCGCCAUCUCCAACGACGCCACCUCAUCUUCCCCUUCUUAUGAAGUCAUUUCAAUCUAUCUUUCCACCUCUUUCUCCCAACACUCUCAGUUUGUCCUCUGCCCGCAGGGUGGUCUUGAUAUCAUACAAUUCAGAACGUGGAACCGUUGACUUUCGUCACUAUGUCAUCAAGGUCAAGCCCUACGGUGUAUCAAAACGAGUACGGCGUAUCCUAGAAGGCGCUACCAAUUCUAAUCCAAAUUCGGGAGUUUUGGAUCUAGGCAACGAAAAAGAUGUCGCGGACUUUCUUUUACGAAAAAGAGGAGACCCUGGCCCCGACGGGGGAUACGAAAGUGCGGCGUCAUCUACAGAGAGUGUGGCGGGCGACGACCGAGACGCUGUCGAUUUGGCGGAAGAUUACGUCGGCAGAAACAACAAGAAGGGACAAAAAAGGGCCGUGCGCCUUGAUGAGGUUGGCCCCAGGAUGGAAUUGAGACUGGUCAAGAUAACUGAAGGGGUACCUGGAAAAGAGGGUGGCGUGAUAUAUCAUGAAUUUGGUACGAUCUUCACCAUUCUUUUCUCCACCAGAUUUUUACCGAGAUCAACAGUGAAAAAAUCGAAAAAGGAAGCCGCUGCGCAAACGGCUGUACAUGCCGCAAAAGCCAAGCUGAAAAAAGAGAGACGAGAGGAGCAAGAACAAAACGUCAAACGGAAAGCCGCCUCGUCAAAAACAAACAGCAAAAACGCUCUGGUUGAUGCGCCUUCCGGAGAUGAGAUGGACGAGGAUGAGAAUAGUGGUGAUGACUGUCUUGGAGAGUGGGAUGAUGACGAAGAGAUCAGCGACGGGGAUGCGAGCGACGUGAAUGACGAUGAGAGCUCGGAAGAUGAGCGCCCGACUAAAAAAGUGAAAUUUCGUGGCAAAUAA